GAGAGAGAGAGAGUCAGAGAGUCAGAGCCACAAGCUGAUCAUCUCCGUGUUGAUGCAGCACUUCAAGCAUAAGGAGCCCCGAACAAGUAAGCGAUGCUUAUUUUGGUACCGCAAAUAUAAAUGCGUUUCUGGAUGUAGCCUAGUGUGAUUCUGAAAAGUAACAUUUUAAGUUUCCUCAACUGUACGCCAUAAUUAUCAAAAGUAACAUUCGGACUAAAAUACUGCAAUAAAGUAACUUCUGGGUGAUGUAAUGUUGAAAUCUGCCUGUGUCUGUACUGUUAGGAAUUUACAAAAGGCGCUCAGAUUCAGUCCGGUCUGUCUGCAUAGAUGGUCUAUAGAUAAUCCGUUCGUUGUUAUGUAAUAUAGAACUAAACAGGAUAAACCGACUGCUAUCAUGCAACUGCGCUUGAUGUAUCCAUAUAGAGAAGCAGAUGUAAAUCCUUCAUUUGGGAAAGGGUUCAAAACGGACUGCAGGUUCUCUCCCCAGAUUUGGUUAUGUGAUCAUCAGUUUAAGCCCAUAAUCCCGUCUAAUCGGGAAUAUUCCAUGCGUGUGCCUCGGGAGUCUGCUGAAAUGACACAUUUCUAUGCAGUUUGCAAAACAUAUUCGCAGUGUUUCCGAUGUGUCGCUGUGUGCGAGCGCAGGAGGGUCAGCCAUGGCUUUCGGCAGGAGAGUCUUAACUUGGAGCGCACAAAGAUGCUCUGCUUGAUUCCCCUGCUUCUGCUGCUUCUGCUGCCGCUUCCGAGCAUCAUGUCGGGCUUCAGGCAGUGUCCAAGCCCCUGCCUUUGCUACGAGUCCUCUGACCUGGUGGACUGCAGGUCUCAGGGCUUGGAGCAGGUCCCCCCCGGUGUCUCCCGCGGCACUUGGCURCUGGAUCUCAGCGGGAACAGGGUGAGAGAGGUGCGCAGUGAUUCGUUCGUGGGACUGUGGUCGCUGAAGUUUCUACUGAUGUCCAACAACAGCAUACAUGCUGUGCAUCCACAGUCCCUUUCAUCCCUGCAGUUUCUGGAGAAGCUGGACCUGAGCUUCAACCGACUGCGCUGGCUGCCUCAGGACUUCACUCUCCAUCUGACCUCCCUCCAGGAGCUGCGGCUGGACCACAACCUGAUGCAGCACGUCGACUCCUCCUCCCUGAGAAACUGCGACAACCUGAGGAAGCUCGACCUGAGCUACAACCGCAUCCGAACGAUAGACGCCAGGGCUUUCCACAGCCUCUCUCGACUGCGCCUCCUGCACUUGGAGGGAAACAGGCUGAACAUGCUCAAAGACGGGCUGCUGAGCCGCCAGCAGAGCCUGGAGGUUCUCCUGCUCGGCCACAACAACAUCUCGGCGAUCGAGGCCGAAGCUCUGGCCCCUCUCCGCGGUCUGACCCUGCUGGGCCUCCGCAGCAAUCGGCUGCAGCACAUCAAGUUCAAGACCUUCCUGAAGCUGCAGACCGUCAGCACCCACCUGCAGAUGUCUCUCAACCCCUGGACCUGCGACUGCGACCUGCAGCGCGUCUUUGGUAAGAUCCAGUUCGUGCGACACCUGCAUGUGGAGGACUACAAGGCCAUCCUUUGCCACGCCCCUCCUCAGCAGGCCGGGAGCCCCCUCGCGUCCAUGGACAGCCAGCUGUGCAUGGCGGAGACGGCGUCAGUGCUGGUCAUCACCAUCACCGUGAUGCUGGCGGUGAUCGGUGCGCUGGUCAAAGCUGAGCGCAACCGCAAGAACAAACAAGCUGCAAGUGAUGCAGAGUCUUCAGACAAGUGACUGGUUAAAGGAUGGAGCUCCGACACACACAGACGGCCUACUGCUGGACGCUACAUGAAGCAGCCACUGGAGAAACACCAAGUGUUUUUUUUUUGUUAGUGGAAAACAAUCCAAAACUUUGUCAUUAUUUUCUGUCCUUUGACUAGUUUUAGUGAAAGGCUUUCCACAAUUGCUUGCAAAAAUAUUGAAACUUAAAUGUUUUUCAUAUUGAAUCAUGUCAUCAGCAUAAAUGUAAAACAUAUUCCACUGGGCUUUUUAUUGGCUAGACUAAUCCAAAGUCGUGUUUUUACUGUGGAAUGGAAGGAAAUCAAGUUUUCCAUUUUUUAAUGAAUAAAAAAAAAGAAUCACUAAAAGUUUGCUCCAAUACCACUCUAAAAAAGUCCAACACAACCACUUACUUCCAGAAGUCGUCCAAGUAGCGAAUAAAUUUCAUCUUGUGUUUCAUGCAGUUUUGGAAUAAAUCCAGCUGACGCCAUACCUUAAAUCUGUAGCAGUCUCUUUGGUUUUUGUUGCUGUAAUUACGCAAUAUUCUGUGCGCUACAUCUAGAAUAUUGCAUAAUUGCAACACAAGGAGAAACGUUUUCAUCCUUCAGUUUCUAUUGGACUCAAAGCCAACAGCUUUUAUUAAAAAGGCUACAAAAUUGUCUCCUUUUAUGCCUUAUGACCUUGAAAAGAAAAGAAAAAUUUCAUCUGACAGAUCGAACAACAAAGACAAUCUGGUGCAUUUUUGUAACAAAUGCUUGUAGUUUUUGGUUGCAGUUAAUCUGUCCGACACGGUAAAGUAGCUGAUAAUAUUAUCGCUACAUAUAAAUGAUGUGCACAGUAUUUUGUCAGUUGACAUUCUUGGGUACUUUAAAUUUAUUGAAAAAAAAACCAAACAUUUUUGUACAUCUUAAAAGCAACAUACCAUUAUAGAACAGUUUUCAUUUACUUGAAAAUUUUAAAACAUGAAUUGUGAUAUUCAGGGUUUCCCAGGGAAGUAAAAGCUCCCUGCAAAUGCAUAAUACUCACUCAUGUUGUAAAGUUUCAGAGCAUAACAAAGUGUAAACAAGAAACCAAAUAAAUAAAACCAUUUGCUAUUUAAAAAGUAAAAAGGAAACGUGUUUUUCUUGUAGAAGGAAAGCUGCCAUCUGGUAGCUAAUGAUGAACCGUCUGAGCUCUCCCGAGCUGGGCGCUUUAAAUCCUGAGGCGGGCAGCGGCUUCCGGCACAAUCCAGCCACAACAAUCUCAUUCUGCACAGACGCUCCCGUUUGUAAAAAAA